ACGGCGCCCGUGGGCAGGGGUCAAGGCUGUACUGCAGAGGCUUUCUCGUCCGAGUUAUCUGGGUGUUCCAGCCUCCAGUGGAGAAAUCCCACGGCUCCAAAGUUACCUCUUUCUUUAACUGAAGAGUGCAGUGAUUAUCUGCUCUUCCCUUCGCUCAAACUCACCCAUUCCAGCCCACCCAGACUCCAGACUCGGGACAGGACACUAAAGCACACUGGUCGGGUGACUCGCCCACAGCCACCCAGCUGGUGUUUGGGAUUCCAUGUCUCAGCUCUAGACCUUAUGGAAGAUGCUACUUGGGGAGCCCGGCAGGAGUGUUUCUAGAUCUCGUGUUUGUCAUCAAGGCAGCCUCUGCAGGGCAACCUUUAACCCUCCAACAACCAUGUGGAAGGCUGCCUUCCCCCACGCAUUUGCCCCAGAGUCAUUGGAGGCUAAAAGAGGACCGCAGCUGAUUAUGGUGAGCAGAGGUCCACUGGUCAUUUGGCACGGGCUACUGCUGCUGUUGUUACUACCACUUCCCAGCCACGGAGGACCGGCCCUGAGACCUACUCUCCCCAGCCAGACAACUGAAGACUCUCCUGCUCUGCACCUCAGCAAUGGCCCUGGACAAGAACCUGUUACCAUUAUGACCUUUAACCUCACCAAGAUCACAAAAAUCUCCUCCUCUUUUGAGUUUCGGACUUGGGAUCCAGAGGGAGUCAUUUUUUAUGGUGAUACCAACCCAAAGAAUGACUGGUUUAUGCUGGGGCUUCGGGAUGGCAGGCCUGAGAUCCAGCUUCAUAAUCACUGGGCUCAGCUUACAGUGAGUGCUGGACCCCGGCUGGACGAUGGGAGGUGGCACCAGAUGGAAGUGAAGAUCCAUGGGGAUUCCUUGCUACUCAGGGUGGAUGGGGUGGAGGUGCUGCGUCUGAGACAGGUCUUUGGACAACUGGCCAACAAUUCCCAGCUCAUCAUGAGGAUUGCACUGGGAGGACUGUUGUUCCCUGCCUCCGACCUCCGGUUGCCGCUGGUCCCUGCCCUGGAUGCCUGCCUGCGCCAGGAUGACUGGCUGGACCAACAGGCCCAGACCUCGGCGUCUGUCCCCACUAGUGUCAGAAGCUGUGCUAUAGAGUCUCAACCUGGAAUAUUCUUCCCUCCAGGGACUGGUGCAGAAUUUUGUCUCCAAGAAAUUCCCCGGCCUCAUGCAAAGCCCUGGGCCUUCUCCUUGGACCUGGCACUCCAGCUGGCAGCAGGUUCAGGCCGCCUCCUUGCUCUUGGGACGCCAGAAAAUCCUUCUUGGCUCAGCAUCCACCUCCAAGAUCAAAAAGUGGUGUUGUCUUCUGGGUCGGAGCCAGGGCUGGAUCUGCCCCUUGUCUUGGGGCACCCUCUUCAGCUGAAGCUGACUGUGUCCGGGGUGGUUUUGAGCCAGGGGGCAAAGAAGGAGAUCCUUGCUCUGCCUCCCACGGGCCCUGGCUCCCUCGUUGAUCUCUGGGUCCAGCCGCAGGGGCGUCUCUUCCUAGGGGCUUUGCCAGGAGAGGCUGCUUCUGCCUCCUUUUGCUUGGAUGGCCUUUGGGCACAAGGCCAGAGUCUGGACAUGGACCGGGCCCAGAGCAGAAGCCUGAACAUCUGGACUCACAGCUGUCCUCAGAACCCAGGCAAUGGCAGUGACACCACCCAUUAAAUCCCCACCUGAGAACCUC